UAUUGGGGGAUACAUAAUGUCUUCAUAGUUAUGCAGUCUUUUGAGAUAUGAAGUAUGUCUUGGUACAAGCUGCCUGGAUGUUAUCACGUCAGAGUAUUUGACCACGUGGUGGCUGUUUCCCUUCAGUUUCCACGCCAUUCUGGGAAACAUGGACUUCUCCAUUUUUCCAUGCUGUGUAAAGAUAGGACUAGUUCUAUCCAGGAGUGCCUCUCGAGCGGGCUAGUGAAAGCAUCCAUCAACUGAAAUAUGUGUUGGAGGAAAGACAGUUUGCAAUGGGUGAGGGUGAAGCUGGAUUUGACCAGUCCUCUGUGGACAGGGGAGAUGAUGAGAAAGGGAAUUCAGCCUGGCAGGAACUGCAGCACAGUCAUGCAGUUAAUCAACUUAAAACUUUACUGCAACAUCAGGAAAGAAUGGAAAGUGAAGCUUCCCCAUCAAGGAGAAUGUCAUUCUCUAAACACCCAGAAGCUGCAACUGAAGAUUUACCUGCCCUUUCUGAUCUCGUUCCUAUAAUUAAUGAUCAGUCCCAGUACAUUAACCACUUAGAAGCAGAAGUGAAGUUCUGCAAGGAGGAAUUGUCUGGGAUGAAAGAUCGAAUACGAGUAGUUGUUCUUGAAAACGAGGAACUCCAGCAGAAACUGAAAUUUUUAGCUGCAGAACGCACAUUGAGAGAACAAACUCUUCUAGAUGCCUCAGCAAAUACUCAGAACUCCUGGCCUGUAGAUGGUAAUGACUGCAGUGUACGUCAGCCUGUCACCUCGUCACCAGCAUGUAACAAAAAACAGGCUUUGGCCUCAGCAGCUGUUGGAGAUGCAGAAAAGUGGCACUUAGAAUUGGAGAAGCUGAAACUUCUUUAUCAAGAAAAAGUCAAUAUCCUUGAUGCUCAAAUACAGUCUCUAAGAAAAGAUCUUUCAGAAUCUCAGAAGACAUGCCAAGAUUUGGAAGGGAGACUAAAACACCAGAAGUCACUCAUUUCAACCACAAAUUCCAGUCGGGUUGGUGGUCUGUGUUUGAAAUGUGCACAACACGAGGCCGUUCUUGCACAGACUCAUUCUAAUGUUCACAUGCAGACCAUCGAAAGGGUAACAAAAGAAAGAGAUGACUUAAUGGAUGCACUUGUUUCGGUGAGACAGAACCUGAGAGACAUGCAGCAAAGAGAGUCUAAUGCUUAUGAACAAGUGAAACAAGCUGUGCAAAUGGCAGAAGAGGCCAAUUUGGAAAAAACAAAGGCUUUAGUCCAAUGUGAGCAGCUGAAAAGCGAGAUGGAACGGCAGAAGAAUCGUCUUGAAAAGGAAUUAAUUGCCCAGCUAGAUAAGAGAACUGAUGAAAAAGAAGCACUGCGGGAAGAAAUGAAGAAAGAAAGGGAGGAUUUAGCAGCAAUGGUGACAGCCAUGUCUGAGAAUGUGGCCACGUUGGAGGCUCAGGCAGAGAGAAUUACAAGGGAGAAGAACUCACUAGCUAACCAGUUAGAAGAAACACAGCAUCAACUUUCAUCUUGUGAAAUGGAGAUGAAUAAGGUGUGUGGAGAAAUGCGCUAUCAGUUGAAUCAAACCAAAAUGAAGAAGGAUGAGGCAGAAAAGGAGCUCAGAGAGUACAGAACAAAAACUAUAAGGGAGCUUGAAAUUAAGGACCAGAAAAUAGAAAAACUGGGAUUAGAGCUGCAUGGAAACAAACAGCGUUUGGAACAAGCCCAGCAGGAUGUGACAGGAGCCAGAGAGGAGUGCCUAAAACUGACAGAACUGCUGAGUAAAUCUGAGCACCAACUGCACCUCACCAGAUUGGAGAAAGAGAGCAUUCAGAACAGCAUUAGCAAUGAAGCAAAGGCCCGAGCCCUUCAGGCCCAGCAAAGAGAGCAGGAGCUGACACAGAAGAUGCAGCAAAUGGAGGCCCAGCAUGAGAAAACUGUAAAUGAACUGGAUUCAUUGCUGACCUCCUAUAACACAUUCAUAGCAAAAUUAAAGGAAGAAUGUUGUAUGUUGGCAAGGAAGUUGGAGCAAAUAUCAGAAAAAUACAGAUGUGAAGUCAACCAGCUUAGUCAGGAAAAAGAGUAUCUUCAUGGCAGAUUGGAGAAGAUGCAUAAAAGGAAUGAUGAAUUGGAGCAACAAUGUAUCCAGCAUGGGAGAAUGCAUGAGAGGAUGAAGUCGAGGCUGUACCAGCUUGACAAGCACUGCCAGACCACUGCCCAGCAGCUAGUGGAGUUACUCAACAAACAGAAUCAGCUCUUCAAAGAGAAGCAGAUGCUUACAGAAGAGGUGCAGUUUCUGCGAACACAGUUUCCCCCUGUACCGGUCUGCAACUUGGCCUUGUUUGAAGCUCACCCAAAGCAACGAUUGCUGCAGAGACAAACACUUGCUAACUAAUUUCAACAGAUUUUUAGUUGUUUUUUAACUACAGAUUACAAAUAUUCUGGAAAUAUUAGUAGCUUAGCAAAUUUCAAGGAAGGCACCUAAUGUAAGACGUUUCUGAAAAGGCUAGACCUGCAAUCCAGUUUUAACAGCUCUUUCUUACAUUCGUAAUUUGCACAAUUUUUAAUAAAUACUUUUAUCUAUUUUUGUAGUAACAUUUGUGUCUUGUUUACCUAUGGAAAUCCUAAUAAACUUAAUCUUAUUCUUU